CUUGCUAGUGACGCCACCGAACACACUUCAUCAUGAAUAACAUCAGUACCGCCUGGUCCAUUGCUCAAGAUUCAAGUUUUAGCUGCAAUACUGCCCCUUGCCAAAACUGCGCUAACUAAUACCACCAUGUCUCAUCACUGCAACCAUCCCUUAUACAAUAUCUGAAAGGAGCGCUGUUUAGUUCUUCGAUGUCCACCUUCCUGUAAUAAAAGAUAGAACCCACUCAGACGACUUCUACGAGAUCAUAGCCCAUUCAGGCGAUAUCACGGCCCUGGAUUGCGUGGGACAACCAUACAACUUCAACAGUUGUCUGCCAGCUGACAUUUCCUCAAGGCUCUGUCGUGUACACUGCCAGUGCCAUCUUUAUCGGAAGAUGAUAUGCAGAAUUUGGUCUCCACAUUGAGAAUCAAUAUUGUGGCUGUAGAGGCGGCUUCGAAACUAUAUGGCCUUCUUGAGAACCUCAGUUUUCCUCGUUUCGCAAACGCCAGACUGCAAUUGCCUUGCCUCGCAUUUCCUCUCACAGAAGUCAGGUGGAGGCCUGGUCAAGACGGGGCUAGAUAUUUCACUAGUAUGGCGUCAAGGCAGACAGGCUACAAGACCUGCUGGUCACAAUGGAAGACAGGCUUAUUCAAUUCUCGCCGGCAAGGCGUGCUCCGAGUCAGCAGACAUUCUUGCUCGUCCGUCCGUGGGUCGGUAUGGUCUCGGGCUGGUUAACUUUGCAGACAAGACGCAGAGCGUAGAAGAUCUCGAGCCUGGGUCUCCAUCAGAUGAUACUCUUGGCGGCUGUCCUGGAUACAACGAGCCGGCUACGCGAGAGUUAGGGUCGAUCGUUCGCCUAUGACAGCCUUUCGGCGCGCUUUUGCUAGCACAGCAGUGGGGUUUCCUUCCUCGCGCGCUACCUUCGCUUGUUUAAAUGAUUCCAAUCUUCGCCAACACCUACGUCGGCUACUGUGAAUCGAAGGAAUCCUAGUAAUCCCGACUUCGAUAUAGUAGAGGCGGGCCAGGGCUUAUGUGGAGGGGGCAUCGUGAUUCUUCACAACCAAGUGUAGCAGGUAAUACAGCCUGUUCCUCUCACGCAGCUUUGGUCACCGUCCGAAGCCGGUAGUCGAUUUCUGCUUGCGAGCGCGUUUGCUUGGUGCAAAACUUUUCGACCUCCCUUGAGUUCAAUAGCUUCGGGAGCGCUACUCUCUUCAAAUACCUGUGUUAUGAGACUGAGCACACUGACAAACAAGACCUAAAUUACUAUUAACUCACUAUAGAGACCGUACAUGAUGC